GGUCCUUUUCUAAUUUAUUUAUUUUAGUGUGACCCUAAUACUCUGUAUAAACAUGAAUGUGAAAGCGACUUCCGGAUAAUUUAGGGUUUUUGAAGAUGUAUUAUUUUCAGUCCUAAACUAUCUAGUUCAACUUGUAGUCGCCUAAUUGUAUUUACAUGUAUGUAUAGGUGUUUUAAGAGCGCAAGAGUACCACAUGUGACUUCAGUGCGUAUGGAUGGGGGUAUGAUUACAUGCAGUUUUCUGCAUAAAUGUUUAUCUGCUGCAGUUCAAAGAUUGGUUCGUGCUUUUGCUGUUGUACCAGUUUUCGAGGUGUUAUGACCCUUAAAGAUUCUUUGCUUCACGUCAUGCACUUUUUUGCCUUUAUAUAUAACUCGGGAGAUGUGGACAUGUUCAAAACUGUUUGAAUUGUACAGUUGUGAUGAGGACUGAUGCAUAUACCUUAUUGCUAUUCACUUUCUUCACACCAAUUUAUUACAUGAACUUUAUUACUGUAGUACCUUAAUGUAACAGCAGCACAUAUCAAACAUCAAUGUACACCAAAACGUCUCAGGUUGUUCAAGCAUUUCAAAAUACUGAUAUAGAGAGAAACCAGGUUACAGUCACUGCUAAUUUAUCUUCCUAAAUAUUAAUUAGCUGAUAAUGAUGUGUUUGUACAAUUUAAGCAGGUCUGAUUUUGCACGUUGUACCAACUAGAAAUUCGUUCUCAUCGAAAGUGGCAUUGAUUGAGAAGUUGUUUGUGGUCCUCUACUUUGCAGAGUAUUUGACUGGAGCUCGUGAAUCUUUGAUGUGUGUCACUAACUUUUUUUUUUUUAAUCUUUUGAUUAAUAGGUCAUCAUGGGUUAUUAAUUUACAAGGCAUCAAAGGCAUAGCUCCAUUCAGUUCAGGUACUACUGAGUAAUGUAGUGGACUUCUUGAUACUGUGUAAGAGAUUUAAAGGGAGGUGCUACAGUGCCGGGAAAAAGUAUUGCCCCCUUCUCAACUUCUUACGUUGACAUGGUUUCCCACUACACUUACAGAUCAUCAAACAUGUAACUAGACAAAUAGAACCCAAGUGUGCUGUUUUUAAAUGAUUUCAUUUAUUAAGGGGAAAACAAAAACACUCUUGGGAAAGUCCACCACUAUUUCCAUUUUUUUUUUUCCAUGUGAGGAUAAUGGCUCUCUCCGUGGUUCACUGGAAUCUUAAUUUUUUAGAUAUGGCUUUUGUAACCCUUUCAGGACAGAUCCAUCCAUGUAUUUUCUGAUCAGUUUAUCCUCACAAGCGUCGCAGGAGUACCGCCGCCUAUCCCAGCUGUCAUUGGGCAGGAGGCAGAGUACACCCUUAACUGGUUGCCAGCCAAUCGCAGGGCAUAUGGAAGGCAGAUAAUAGUUGCACUCACAAUCACACCUAGGGGCAAUUUAGAGUCUCCGAUCCACAUAUGUUUUUGGGAUGUGGGAGGAAACCCACACAUGCAUGGGGGAACAUGCAAACCCUACACAGGUGGGGCUGGGAUUUGAACCACAGUCCUCCAGAACUGUGAAGCCAACGAUCUACCGGACUGGUAGAUGUCAAUUACUUUUAAUUCUCGACUGCUGUCGUGACAUUUUGUUGCAGCUUUAUUUUAGAUCUUUUGUCUGACUUUCUAAGUGUUUUUUUUUUUUUUUUUAAACUGAACAGGUCUCGAGGUAGGAUUGGACGUAAUCAGUGGAAAACCCAAAAAUGUGAAUUGCCACAAUUAAUUGAUUUCACAAGGGUGUAAAAUAGAAGAGCAUUUAUUUCUUUAGUUUUCAUAUGUCGCUGCCAUAGAUAGAUGAACAAAGAUACGUUACUUGUCAAUAAAUAUUUUGACCAAUUGAGUGAAAUUUGAUAAUUUUCCAUGGCACACCAGAAGAGCUCUCAUGGCACACAAAUGGUCCACGACACAUUGGUUGGGGAUCAUUGUGUUGGAUUAUCUUAAAUUGGGGGCAAACUCCAAAUUGUAAGAAUUUGAGAAGGUGGCCAAUACUUUUGCACUGCACCUUGUAGAAGUUCUGCCGGUUUACCAUUUACGCAUUUGCAUUCAUUAUGAUAAAAAUGAGUGCAAACAAAUAACAAUAGAAAAUGUGCCAUUAAUAUUGGAUACUUACCUGAUAAUAGAUAAUGUAACAAUUCUGGACCUUGGCUUUCCUCAUAUCUACUAGACUUGAAACUGAUAACAAGAAACAUGGUGAACGCUAAUUUGAUAUCCACAGGCUACCACCGUGAGUGACUGCCUUCCUCGUGUGACUAGUGUUUGUUCAAGCAAAAGUUUAUACGACUUAAUGCUUUUUUAAUAAUAUUAGGUGGCACGAUAACUUUACUCAGGUGGUAACAUCAGGAACCGUGAGGCACUCUAAUUCUCAUGAGUAUCUCCAACUAAGGGCAACAGGGUUGGAGACAACCGUAGGAGAGGAUCAUGCGGCGAACGAGGAAGCCGCCUCUCUGCUGGGUUGGGCGCUGUCACUGAAGAGCUGGAAAAGUCAGUGGAGAGGAGCAUGGUGCAAGGCUUUAAAUUCCCAGUCAAGGGAGAGUAGUGGGAUUCCACUUAUUCUGACCUUCAAUGAAGAUGAUGUCGACCCAACUGAGCUCAUGGUCAGCCAAGUGUCCAGCUUUAAGAAAUCUGGCCAAAACAAGGCUGCUUGCUGUUGUGUGGUCGGUGAGAAGCUUCAGUUCUCUCUUGGUGUGUCCACAGCCACAUCCUUUUCAGCAGAUCCUUGUAAAUAUGCAGUGUGUAUAUCCCCACUGGAGCUGGAGCUUGAGCUACAGUUACAAGAAGCUGAAGAUCAGGUCAGAGUGAGCUGGAGAAUUUCUCACCUGGAGACAGAUAUGAUGCAUGUAACACCUAAUUUGAUCCAGGACAAUGUCAGCACUUCCUGUGUGGCAACAGUGAAAGAGCAGUUGAGGCACAUACUGUGUUCGACUCGACCCUUUGUGUUAAUUAGCUGCAAGCCUUCUCAGGCCUCUGAGGUCAAGCAGGAAACUUGCAACAAAGUGUUUUCACCCCCCAAACCUCCUCGCGCACAUGAAUGGAAACUGCUGGUGAAAAACAUUCGUGUAACGCUCAAUAAGCAGGAAGAUGCUGCAGGCAGUGUAAGUCCUAUGUGUAUACUGCAGUUAGAUGACCCUCCGCAGAAGUUUAAUACAUCCAUUUUGAAGAACACAGCCAAUCCUGCUUGGGAUCAGCCAUUUAUAUUUGAACUGAAUGGCCGAUCAAAAGAGCUUAAUAUUCUACUGGUGAAUGAUGGACAAUCUCAAGAGGAUAAUAUUCUGGGCCAGGUGUCAGUGACUUUUGACCUCGUUAGGAAGCAACCUAAAGGACAGCAAACAUUUUCACUCAUGACCAAAGAUGUAGUGACAGGAUCAGUUACUACUGAUUUUACCUACUUGGAUCCCAGUGAGGUAAGGUCCUGGCUGCCUCCAACCCCGGCCUCCGCCAAGAGAGUGGAGAUGGACCGUACUGUCAUGCCCUGCGGUACGGUGGUCACCACCAUCACCGCAGUCAAGAGCAAACCAGGCCGGUUGCUCCCUCCGGGACUCAGCAUUGAUUCGUCACAAAAAGCAAUGACCCACAAGUCCAAGCUUUCAGAACGGCGUGUUUCAGAGCAGACGUCAAUGCUGGGAUCAACAGUUAGCAAGGCCCUGUCUUCUUCAGACACCGAGCUGCUGAUGCUAAAUGGCACUGACCCCGUGGCUGAGGCGGCCAUCAAACAACUUCAUCAGUCUGCCAAGCAGAAGCUGAGGUCCCCAGUGAAGAAGAGUACCAUUAUCAUCUCUGGGAUUUCCAAGACACCAUUGUCCCAGGACGAUGAGUUGGCUCUAAUGGCAGGCUAUGCUGCAGCAAUGGAUGCUUCAAUGUCAGACGAAAGCUCCUCUCAGGACAUGACCACGGCAAUUGUGUCGGGGACCAGGAGUCCCCCAGACAGUUCAGAACCUGAGGAAGGUCCCAGUGGCGUGGGUUGUCCGCCCGAGAAUUGGGAGACGCACACGGGAGAAGAUUUAAAUCAUACCUCACUUUCCAUGUGUGUAUCGGAGGUCAGCUGCAAAAAGAGAAGAGGCAGCUUCCUUCAGAAGAGCGCCAAGCUGUUCUUCCGCCGGCGACACCAGCGCAAGGACCCCGGAAUGAGCCAAUCGCACAAUGACCUAGUCUAUUUGGAGUCUCCUGCCACCAUGGAGCGGGCCAGCAAAACCGCCACGCUCAGCCGCAUGCUCAGCCGCAAGAGCAGAAGCAAAGCCAAUGGCUCUGCCUCAGCUGGGCAACCACCUGCAUGACACCUCCUCCCUCUUUGACAACUACCACCUCAAACUUGGACUGUGUACAACAUUCAUGGGAUUUAUGUCUUCCAAUGGUUGCCCAAGCAUCAUGUGUGACAAAAACUGAGCCGAUGCAAGUGUGCGCGAGUGGGCAUAUCAUGGUUUUUCAGAGCAUAGUAAUUUGCAUGUUUCCUCAGUUUGGUUUUCUGCAGCAUUCUCAAACUGCUUGUGUGGCCUUGGUACCGGCUGAAGGGACUGAUGUGGGCCUUCGCCUCUACCUCCCGGAUGUUGAGUAUAAAAUGUAAACCAUCCCUGCUGUGAACCAUGGUUUACGUGCAAUGGAUCAACAAAUCCAAAGAUGAAGGUCAGACUGGUAUUUGUGGAUUUGCACAGUUUUCAAUUUCUUUUCUAUUUUGGUGCAAUGACUGUUCCAAAUAUUCACAAAGGGAGAUGAGGCAUUGCGAGUGAGCAUAAGUUAGCAAUAUGAUGACCGGUAGGUACUUCUUUGCACAAGUACUUCGAAAUAUGGUAUUUAAACAUGUUUGAAUUCAUAGUUAUUUCUUUUAAUCCAAAAUCAGUACAUCAAAUGUGAGUGAUUUGCAAGAUACGGAAAAAUCUGUAAAGAAUCAAAAUCAGUCUCAGGCAUUACAAGUAGUUAGAAUGAAAUAGCAAAAUUAAUUUUCAAGAUAGUGGCACAAUAGACGACUAGUGCGCACAAUUGCCUCACAGUUCUGAGGACCAGGGUUCAAAUCCCUACCGUGCCUGCGUGAGUUACCUCCGGGUACUCCGGUUUCCUCCUCCAUCCCAAAAACAUGCAUGAUAGAUUGAUUGAAGAUUCUUAAUUGCCCAGAGGUAAGAAUGUGUGUGCGAAUGGUUUAUAACUGUCCUGUGAUUGGCCGGCGACCAGUUCAGGGUGACACUCACCCAAAGAUAGCUGGGAUUGGCUCGAGCACACCCGCAACCCAAGUGAGAAUAAGCAGUUAAAUCUUUUCUUCUUUUCCUUUCGCCACAGCGUGUCAUCUUAGAUGAACGCAUAUUAGUUUGGCACAGUUUUACGCCGGAUGCCCUUCCUGACGCAACCCCUCUGCAUCUCGGCGGGGAGAGAAGCUUACAGCACCUGGUAUUCCCAGGUGGUCUCCCAUCCAAGUACUAACCAGGGCCAAACCCACUUAGCUUCCGAGAUCUGACUAGAUCGGGUGUUCUCAGGGUAGCGUGGUCGUAAGCCAAUAAGCAGUUAGAUAAUAUACGUUAUGUAUCCUAGAUACAAACUCACAACACUUGUGAUAAUGUGUUUUGAAGAAUUCCCAUGUAUUGAGUCUUCCCAAAACAUUAUUAAUGUACACUAAAAUGACCCUCGGUGACCUUCAACCUGCAACUGUGACAUACUCAACUCUGCUUUAUGUGUUUUGUAUGCACCAGUUUUCUUUUUAAUCCUAUACUUCCUUGGCUUGGUUAUUCAUUCGCAUCCACAAUGAAUUGUUUUUAAUGUUGUGUAUCUUGGAACAUUUAAUUUUCUCAAAAAGAAAUCCAGCUAAUGAUUGUAUUUUGGGGGAGGGGUGGCGGGGAUCUUGUAAGGUGUGUCGGCACACUGUUGUAACUACUGUUCUUCAUCUUCUUAUUAAGAUGCUAAACGAUGUGCAGCGCUUGCCUUACAGUAGUUCUGUAGAUUUUGGCACACAUGCGCUCCAAGCUCGUUCUUGGGCUCAGCUUUUGUCUCCCUUGUCAGCGCACUGGAGGAAGAGCUGACAGAUGGACGUUCAGCUUUGUUCAUAUAUCAUCCCCAAUGCCUCAUCAUGAUGCCUACGCACCUAAGGAAACUGCGACUUCACUGUUUAUCCCAGUGGAUAUUUCUAGGAACUCGUUUGCUUUUCAUGACAACAUUCCUCUGCGGAAAAUGGUUUGGGAGACUUCUGUGUCCUCAAUGGUAGGCUUACUGUGGACCCUUAUCCUAACACAGUAUAUGCUCUACUAGCAGUGAGUACUGCUUCUUGAAAAUAAAGGUUGUUUUGAA